AUGCCGGAACCCGCAAAGUCUGCGCCCAAGAAGGGCUCCAAGAAGGCCGUGACCAAGACGGCAGGAAAAGGAGGUAAGAAGAAAAGGAAGACAAGGAAGGAGAGUUAUGCCAUCUACGUGUACAAGGUGCUCAAGCAGGUGCCUCCUGACACCGGCAUCUCUUCCAAGGCCAUGACCAUCAUGAACUCCUUUGUUAACGACAUCUUCGAGCGCAUCGCCGCGGAGGCUUCUCGUCUGGCUCAUUACAACAAGCGCUCCACCAUCACGUCCAGGGAGAUCCAGACUGCCGUACGCCUCCUGCUGCCCGGUGAGCUGGCCAAGCACGUCGUGUCUGAGGGAACCAAGGCCGUCACCAAGUACACCAGCUCCAAGUGA